GUGAGAGACGGUUCGGAUAGGCAGCGCUCCUCAUCGGCGUCAAGAUAGUGUGGCAGAUACACCUGCGGUUUCGCUGAGAUAUACAUACAUAUACGCACUCGUACGUACGUACACACUGGAAUCAAAUGUGAUCGAAUUACGGCACUGAGUUUUCGUCUGCGUAUUCGUUUAGCGCUCGAUGUGCUAUGGUGUUUCGUGUGCUUGGUGUGUGAUCGCUAGGUGAUGUGAAUGGAAGCAGGACCGCCAGCACACGCGAUACGGCCUGAUCGCAAACCGCGGACAACUAGAGACGAACAACUGUUAGAUGUGAUCGCGUGAGUGUGGACGGGGAUUCUGACGUGCAGUACGGACCCAGCAGCGGGUUGCUAACACCGCUCUCGUGGAUUACAUACUCAACUCGUCACAUAGUGUGGAGAGAGACGGCCGUCGCGGGCUGCCGCGCCCUCGGACUCGGACGCUCCGACCCACCGAGUCCAAGCCAGCCAUUCUCGCGCUUACCAGACCAAUACACGUCGCUGACAAGGAUGAGAUGCAUGUUAUCCAUUACCUUUUGCUAUUGUUGCUUCAGACUGCCGUGUUGUUGCAGUUGCUACUGAUCAAUUCCGUGGAAAGUAGUCCGUUGAGCGAUCCCGCAAGUUGGACGCACGUGAAUCAGGAGAGAGCCCACGACCAACCAUACAUGUUCCAGCGCAAGUACAGGCUUUUUAACGAACGGUCAAAACAUUUUGUCGAGAUGAUGCACAAGCGGAUACGGGCAACAGGCAAACCGACCAGUAAAUAUGCAACACGGCGAGAACGAAAAAUGCAAGUUCUACGAGCGAAUAACACCCGACGGUCACACGGAGUUCCAGUCGGUGUUCAACGACACUUGGCUGUUAGGCUUUAACAAGAAGGGUAAACCCCUUAAGGGCAAUGCACACCGGAAGCGACGGAGCCGCGACUUCCGGUUAGGUUAUCAUUUCAUAAAGAUAUUAGACGGCGAGAGCGGCCUGACGGACUUUGGGCAUCCCAAGUACGGCCCGCACCGUCGCUACAACGCCAAGCGCUUCGACGUCGUCAGUGCGAGUGUUGACAUCGGCCGUGACUCUCCCGUCAUCACGUCGUUCGCGCAGCCUGCAAGGUGACAGUGCACAGCGACGGCCGGCAGAUGGCGCUGCCGCUAAUAGCUGUUCAUGUGUUGCGCGUGCGUACUGCUGCCCGUAGCUAGCAGCAGCAGCGGCCCCGUAACUGCGUCGCUCUCCGACAGGGGCGCCCGACUCGCCGCCGUGCGUGCGCGCAUGCGUGGGGUCCAGUACGCGCGGGAGAAGCAACAGAGUGCAAUAGAACAUUGGCAGCUAGGGUGCGUCCGUGAAUGAACAAUACUGUAGCUGAGCGACUCGUACUCGUGCGUGUGCUAUUUGUUCGAAUAGCUCGACUUUACUCUGUGAAGCCAGCGUACCGCGGCACGUUAUCGCGAGAACUCGCGAGAAGUACAGAGGACACAUUCUCAGUCCCGACUACAAGAGGAAAGACAUAUUCGACGCGACGGCAACGCCACCUGGAGGAGCGGAUCAGAGUGUCAACUAUCUAUAGGUUUCGUUAGCCGUAAUAGAAUGAUUAUAUGGGUGCUGUCUCUGUUUAACAUAUAGGUCUGGUAAUUGUAGUUAUUUAUUUUUCGCACACACUGUUGUAAUAUAAUAUACGCGACUUGCUGCGGUUGACUGACUAAUAAACUAAUGAG